AUGAACAACAAAAUACGUCCCUCACAUCUGAAUCUGCUCCAGAGUGAGCUGAAGAACCACCAACUGACCGUCAGGGAGUACUUGCCCGACUUCGUGGACAUGUGGAAGGUCUCCCUGAACCAGCAGUCGCAGCACACAAUCUUCAACUACAGCAACUUCACCUCCCAGCCGUACAUCAACUCGCAGAUGCGGUCUGUGAUCUUCGAGUUUGUGCUUCUGUGCCAUUCCCGACUGAGACUCAGCACGACAACUUUGUUCCAGACGCUGAACGUGAUCGACAACUUCACCUCAGUGUACCAGAUCAAGAACUACAACUACCAGUUGCUUGCGGUCACCGCGUUUUGGUCUUGUUCGAAGAUGUACGACGUCAAGAGAAGGAUCCCGCAAUUGCAGACUCUCGCGGAGCUGUGCUGCAACCAGUACAGCAAGAAGCAGUUUCUCACCAUGGAGCUGACCAUCUUGCAGAACGUCGGGUGGUGUAUCUCGAAAAUCCCCACUUUCGACACUUUCAUCGACUUGCAACUGUUGAAGCAGCAGCAGUCGGUCUACGGGCAACAACAGACGAACGUCAACGAUUCCAAACUACUCUGCAUCAUGAUCUGCGAGUUGGUCUGUUUUGCACCACACUUGCAUUUCCAAUACAGCCACGACGAUAUCGUCCAAUGCUGCGUCGAUAUAAUCACAAACGGCAACAACAACCUCGAGAAAAACACGACCACUGGGCCCACAACAACCCCGAGUGCCACUACACCCGCCACACCCACACAAACCCCGCUACACCACAAACUGGUGAACUACCUGGUCUCACUCAACAACGAGAAAUACCCAACCAGCUUCAAAUUGAAGUACCAGGAAAGGUACCACUCAGUGUACCGCAGCUUAACGAAACUGAUCAACCGUCUGACACACGAGGCGGCAAUGAACACUUUCAUCGCCCACGUUGUGGACACCCCAAAGCCGUUCCCUCACGCCAAACAGCAACAGCAGCACCACCAGGCCUACAAGCUACCACUGACACCCACUACGCCAAGCGAACUGAAACGGAAGCGGCUGAACCAAAUCUCCGAAGAAGACCAUCCGUCCCCAGUUCCAAAAAUGCGGAAAGAGUGA